UUUUUACCUUGCCAGGUAUUUAGUAACGAGAACCUAUUUAGUGUUUAAAAAGAACAAGCAAAAAGCACUUGCAAAUUCUGUACAACAAGUAUCAAAGCACUUCCGCAUGAGUUCAAACCCCCUAGCAGUUCAGGAGUUUGACCCGUUUGCAGAUGCAAGCAACGUCAACGACUCGAAGCAGUCCACCCAAAGUGGAGUAAUACAUAUACGUAUUCAACAGAGAAAUGGUCGUAAAACGCUGACUACUGUACAGGGAAUCGGAGAAGAUUAUGACAAGAAAAAAAUUAUAAAGAAAUGUAAGAAAGAAUUUGCUUGCAACGGAACGGUAGUUGACCAUCCUGAGUAUGGCGAAGUGGUCCAGUUGCAAGGUGAUCAACGCUACAAGAUCUCUGAGUUCCUUGUCAAAGUUGGCAUUGCAAAACAGGAUCAGCUGAAGCUGCAUGGAUUUUAGGCUUCUAAUGGGAGGAUUUUAUCUGUAUAUAAACAAGCUUUUGAUUUGAUGUUGACAUUCUUUUUUUGUCAUCAUGUUUUUGUGACUGAAAUUUAUAUUGUUGAAAUGAAUGUAUUGCUUUGCUAAACAAAAAUAUAGGAAUUGAUUUUGUAACAUAAAUAGAAUAAUGGAUUUGGUGUAAUAAUGGUGUGUUCCAUUUUUUCCAUGUCGCCUUUGUGUUACUGGAAUUGUCAUGUUCGUUAUAAAGCAUAUUACAUGCAGCAUAUGUCCUAGUAGUCUCAAUAUUUCGAAACAACAUGGGUAUGGAUGAUAAUGCACAAAUGGAAAAUACACAAAUUUCACUUUCCCGAUGUUAAUUCAGGAUUUCUUAUGCAGUUCAUGUUUUAUCAAUGAAUUAAUGGCAUUCUGAUUACAAUUUUUGGUCCAUUUCGAUUCAGCCCCGACUGCCAUGUGUGUGUUGCCUAUACAUUCAAUUCAUUGUACAACUCUUAAUCAUUAUUUCAAGUUAAUAAAGACAAAUGUAAACAUCAGUAA